GAGCGUCGGAUCCCGAUCCCGGGGCCCUGCAGCGCCUCGUGGUCCUGUCGCACGGCCACAGCCGGGAAUGCGCCUUCAUCCCGGACGUGAAGCCGGAAUCCCGCGGCAACCUGGUGUGGGAAUGCGUGGCCGGACACAGCUUCUCCUGGCGAGGCUGCGGCCCCCGCUCCGGCCGGGAGCCGGGAUCCGAGUUAUCCGGGAAGGAUGGAGACGCAGCGGAGAGCAUGGAAAACUCGUCUGCUAACGGCAGGAAUGGGGAGGAUCCCGGAGACGCCAGCGACGACACAGCUCCCGGAGCGCAGCCGGACACGGGGACAGCAGCAGAUGGAGAAAGUGCUCCGGAGCCGGGAGCGGCUGAGGAAGAGGAGGACGAGGAAGACGACCUGGCGUUCGCCGACGAUCCGCGGGAUGAGAACUACCGCCCGUCCCCGCAUCCCGAGCCGCAGCGGGGCCGGAGCCGGAAAAGCGGGAAGGGGGAAGGAAGCGGCAACGUGGAAAAGGGCAGCCGGGAGACGGGAGCGGGGCCACGCGACGAGGACGCGGCCCAGAUCGGCCCCAAGAGGAUCAGGAAAGCGGCAAAACGUGAGAUCCUCCUCUGCGACUUUGAAGGCUGCGGGAAGAUCUUCUCCAACCGGCAGUACCUGAAUCACCACAAGAAAUACCAACACGUCCACCAAAAAACCUUCACCUGCUCCGAGCCGACAUGCGGAAAAUCCUUCAACUUCAAGAAGCACCUGAAGGAGCACGAGAAGCUGCACAGCGACAAGCGGGAUUAUAUCUGCGAGUUCUGUGCCCGGCCCUUCCGCACCAGCAGCAACCUCAUCAUCCAUCGGCGCAUCCAUACGGGAGAGAAACCACUCCAGUGCGAAAUCUGCGGCUUCACGUGCCGCCAGAAGGCCUCGCUCAACUGGCACAUGCGGAAACACGACGCCGACGUCUUCUACCAGUUCCCGUGCGAGCUCUGCGGCAAAAAGUUCGAGAAAAAGGACAACGUGGCGGCACACAAGAGCAAAAGCCACCCGGAGGCGGCCGGAAUUCCGACAGAAACACCUGGAAUGCCGCCGGAGACACCUGGAAUCCAGCUGGAGACACCUGGAAUCCUGCCGGAGGCACCAGCUCCUGCUCCAGCCCUCGCAUUGGCAUCCCAAUAA